AUAGAAAGCUACGCACAAAGCCCGGCUAAGCCUGGGCGGGCUAGUCAAGGUAGGUGGAGCGGGCCGUUCGCAUGGUAACCAGGCAGCGCGCGGAGCAGAACCGGUCCGCGCUUUGAAGUACCGCCGUCUCGUGGGUACGUCUGUGGAGAGAGACUUCAGCCUCCGUGAGGGAGCAGCCAUGGCGUCUGCCAGUGACAUCGGGGAGAAGCUCCGCAAGAAGCGGCGAGCGUUCCAGGAAUCUCUGGGGAAGCGCCAUGAGGCGGACCAGCAGGCUCUGGUGCCCCACGGCAGCGAGGAGCUGGUCCGCAGGCCGCUGGAGGACCUGACGGCGGCGGAGGAGGACCCCGGGGAGACCCUGAGGAGGCAGAUGAAGGCCCAGAGACAGAGGCGCAAGAAGAAGCUCCAGGAGGUGGGCUCCGUCUCCGGAUCAGGAGAACGGGUGGAGGAGAGGAGCCAGCCCCGCCCCCACGAGGAGCAGCAGCAGGAGGUGGAGGAGGUGGAGGAGGUGGAGGAGGUGGAGGAGGUGGGGGCGUCCAGGAGGAGAGGCCUGGCGCCGCUGGUGGUCUCCAGACCUCCCCCCGGACCCCAGACCGCUGUGUCUCCGCCUCCCAGCUCCAGCCAAUCAGAGCGGGUCGUAGACACGCCCAGCUCCAGCCGCUCGGACCAGUCCAUGAGGCAGCGAAUGAGAGAGAAGCUCAGAGCCGCCAGGAGUAAAGCAGAGAGCUUCCUGCAGCAGGAGGCCUCCAUGGAGCCUGGGAGUCGCCUACAGAGCCUCCGAGACCGGGACCCUCUCACCAGGUUCGACCGGCAGGGGGAGCCGGACCACCCCGGGCCCAGCGAGGCUCCCACCUCCACCGGCCCCGCCGCCACGCCCCGAGAGCCGGCCAGACGGGGGGAGAAAGGACGGCCGACGGCGGAGGAGUCCUACAACUUCUUCACCUUCAACUUCGACCCGGAACCCGAGGAAGGAACCGACGAGAAGUCGAGGAGGAAGAGGAAGAAGAAGAAGGCGGCUGAGGAAGAGGGGGAGGAUGAUGACGAGGAGGAGGAGGCAGAGAGAGGGGGGGAAGGGGCCAGCGAGGAGGAGGAGUAUGAACAGGACGAGGAGGUGCCCCUGGUGAGGGAGGAGGAGGAGGAGGUGUUUAUCAUCGACCAGUCGUCCCAGGACUUCCUGGAGGUGAGGAGGGCGGACUACCUGGGCUACCAGUCCCGCCUCCUCCGGGACUCUGGCCUGCUCUUCAUGCCCAGCCUGCUGACAGCGCCGUCGUCGAGGAAGCUGCCUGACGACGCCCAGCCCAGGUACCUGGAGGAGGAGGGGCUGUACGUGGGGGAACGGCCCCCGGUCACCCCUAGCAACGAGAACAUCCUGGAGAACCGGGUCCUGAAGCAGGAAGAGGGCCGGCGCUGGUUCGGGGACGACGGGCGGAUCCUGGCGCUGCCCGACCCCAUCAAGGAGUCGUCCACCAGACCUCCUCUCUUCCUAUUGGAGGAGGAGCUGGACCCCGCCCUGCACACCGUCUACCACAAGGCUGUGAUGUCCCAGCAUGCCGUGCGGGGGGCGGGGCCCCAGGGCGAGUACCAGCUGGACGUUGACGUGUCGGGGCUCAUCUUCUCCCACCACCCCCUCUUCAGCCGCGAGCACGUCCUCACGGCGCGUCUGGCCCAGAGCUACGACCUGCACCUCAGCAGGGGGAGGGGCAACCUCAGCCUGCACCUCACCCACAAGCUGGACGGUCUGAGGAGCGCCCUGCGCCGCAUGCUGGAGGGUCCCGGAGGGGGGGCCCUCACGCCCGCCAUGCGGCGGCGCGUCUCGGAGUACCGCCUGGAGGUCAGGAGCACGCGGCUGCUGCGGGACGGGGAGCUGGAGAAGGACCGCGCGCUGCUCAGGACCAUGGUGACGCUCUGGAAGGAGGUCAAGGCUCUGAGGGAGCUGCAGCGCUACUCCAACACGCCCUACAAGCUCUGCCUCCGCAGGGAGGAGGUGGAGCGGGCUCUGGACGAGCGGCAGUACGAGGAGGAGGUGCUGAUGGAGGUGAUGGAGCAGGAGGCGGAGAGCGAGGAGCUGUACCAGAAGAGGCUCGGUGCCUACAGGGAGCAGCUGGAGGAGUGGAAGGUCUGGAGGAGGCAGCAGAAAGCCAAGCAGCAGAAGAAGAAGCAAAAGAGGAAGAAGAGGAGGAAGAAGAAGAGAGGUCAGUCUGUGGACGACACGGAAGACGAUGAAGAAGAUGACGUGGAUGACGAAGAUGAGGGUGAACAGGAAGUGAGCGACGCAGAGGGGGAGGAGGGGCCGCCCAGGCCCGAGGCCCCGGAGAGGCCGGACCUCGGGGCUCUGGAGGCGCGGGUCCGGGAGAAGGCCUCCAGGAUCCGGAGGAAACCCGGAGAACCUCUCCUCGUCCCGGAGCUAACGGUGGCCGGGAACAUCACCCCCAACGACCAGGUCCCCAGGGCGGAGCUGGCGCGGCGGGAGGAGGUGCUGCGGCGCCACCUGCUGGUCAAGGUGCUGUACAACGAGAAGGAGGUGUCCCAGACGGACCGCCGCGCCCUGGGCCCCGACUUCAGGGUCCACUUCGGACAGAUCUUCAACCUCCGGGUCCGCAACGCCCCCCAGAGCAUCAGGCUGCAGGUGUUUGAGGAGGUGGGCUCGGCGCCCUCCCUCCUGGCGGGGGUGUGUGUCCCGGUCCCGGAGCCCUCGGUGCUGACGGGCCGGACCCCCACAGAGGAGCUGGAGUUCAGCAGCAACCAGAGGGUCCUGUUCUCCCACGAGGGCGUGGGCAGUGACGUCCCCUUCUCCUUCCAGGAGGACGGGGGGAACCGGCAGACCCUGCUGACGUCGGGUAAGAUGGCGUGCUGUGUGUCCUGGGGCAGGGGGGAGGAGGACGCGCCCCUGGCCCCGCCCCCCACACAGCCCCCCCCCGGGGCCCUGCACAGGGGGUGCGGGGACCCCUUCCCCGGUAUGGGGGCGUCCGGUCUGGGGGACCUGAGGAGGAUGGGGGAGUGGGCGGCCGAGUCGCGCCUGGACCCCAACGACCCCCAGAACACGGCCGUCAUGCAGCUGCUCAAGGUGGCGUGCAGUGGGGAGGUGACCGCUCCUGAGUACUUCCGUCUGGAGCAGCUGCAGGAGGAGUUUAACUUCGCCACGGAGGAGGAGCUGGAGCGCUCCAGGAGGUUCAGGCUCCUCCGCCUGAGGAGCCAAGAGGUGUCGGAGUUCCGCAACUACAGAUGUGUUCCGUCGCUGGAGAGGGAGGUCACCGACAAGACGUUCCAGGAGUACGAGCGGAGGCUAAGGGAAGGAGACAUGGUGGACACCAGAGAACACCUGGACUCCCACAGAGCUCUGGUUGCCAAGUACCUUCAGAAGAUCAGGGAGUCGGUGAUCAACCGGUUCCUGGUGGCCAAGCACCACUACCUGCUGUCAGACCUCGUCAUGGAGGAGCAGGUCCCCAGCAUCGGUGGCGCAGGGCCCGGCAUCCUGGGGCUGAACCUGUUCAAGCUGGCCGAGCCCAAGCGGCCGCUGAAGCCGCAGCGCAAGGAGAGGAAGAAGGUGACGGCGCAGAACCUGACGGACGGAGACAUCCGGCUGCUGGUCAACAUCAUCAGGGCCUACGACGUGCCCGCACGCCGCCCCUUCAGCAGCAGGCCGCCGGCGCCCGCCAGGCCGGGGGGCCCCUCCUUCAGCGAGUCGUUCGCCGCCCCCCCGCCCCAGAACCCCGCCCAGGGCAGCGAUUGGCUGCUGAGCCAGGUCAGGCCCUUCGUGGAAGUGUCCUUCCAGAGGACGGUCCUCCAGACGUCCCCUGCUGAGGGGCCAAACCCCUGCUGGAACCAGGAGCUGGAGCUCCCCUUCAGCGCUCCGAACGGGGACUACAGCACCACGGGGCUGCAGGCCGUGAAGGACGUGGUCUUCAUCAACCUCUUCGACGAGGUGCUGCAGGAGCUGGGAGUGGACGACGCGGAGGGCGGGCGGUCGAUCCACACCCGGGUGGAGCGCCACUGGCUGGGCUCCGUCAAGAUCCCCUUCAGCACCAUCUACUCCCAGGCCCGGAUCGACGGGACCUUCAAGGUGGACACGCCGGCGGUGUUGCUAGGCUACAGCAAGGAGCGCAGCCAUGGCGACGGCGGCGGCUACGACACGGUGCGCAGCCUCAGCGAGGGAACCUUCCUUACCGUCUUCAUCACCAUGGAGCCGCAGCUGGUGCCUGGAGACACCGUCAGGGAGAAGUUUGACAGCCAGGAGGAGGAGCGUCUGCUGCUGGCGUCGGAGCGGUUUGAGAAGGAGGCGGGGCUUAGCUUCCCCGACCGGCCCUGCCUCACCUCCGUCAUCGACAUCAGCGGCAAGAUGGUGUUCAUCACGCGCUUCAUACGGCCCCUCAACCCCCCCCCGGAGCUGCUGGACGCCUUCCCCAACAGCCCGCAGGACGCCACGGACCUGGUGGCCCGGUUCGUGUCCCUGGUCCCGUCGCUCCCCGACAGCACCUCCUUCUCCGGGGCCUGCGACCUCUGGAGCACCAGCGACCAAUUCCUGACGCUGCUGGCGGGCGACGAGGAGGAACACGCUGUGCUGCUCUGCAACUACUUCCUGUCCAUGGGGAAGAAGGCGUGGCUUAUCAUCGGCACCGCCAUACCAGAGGGCCCAACGGCGUACGUCCUAACCCUGGAGCAGAGCCGCUUCCUGAUCUGGAACCCCAGCAGCGGCCACCACUACGGGCAGCACGACACCUUCUGCCCCCUGCAGGCCGUGGGCUGCCUGGUCAGCGCCGACAACGUGUGGUUCAACAUCCAGGAGCACGCCUCCCCCAUGAGGAUCAGUCUGGACGUGGGGAAGGCCCACCUCUGGAAGCCCUUCUUCUCCCGCUCCUUCCCCCACCCCGGCCUGGCCAGCGUCCAGCCCCCGGAGCUGCUCUACCGUCGCUCAGACCGCGCCGCCGCCGCAGAGCUCCAGGAGAGGAUGGAGAAGGUCCUGAAGGAGAAGCUGAUGGAGUGGCGGCCGCGGCAGCCCACCCGCUGGAACCGCUACUGCACCUCCACGCUGCGCCACUUCCUGCCCCGGCUGGAGCUCAGCGGGGGGCGCGACCCGGACGACCAGCACCGCCUGGAGCUGCAGGCCCUGCUGGGGGACUACCGGAUCUCGGGGUUCCCCCUCCACCUGCCGUUCUCCGAGCUGCGCCCGGUGGUGGAGGCGGUCUUCAGCACGGGGGUCCACAGCGCGGAGGCCUCCAACGUGGAGUUCGCCCUGGCCGUGUACGUCCACCCCUACCCCAACAACGUGCUCUCCGUCUGGGUGUACCUCGCCUCACUGCUGCGCUCCAGGUAGCCCGGUUGGCCCCGGGCUGCUUCCACACACAAGAGAGCAUUAAUGCUACAGUGCUGCUUUUAUACAUGUUACUUACUGUAGGCCUAUGCUAGCACUAGCGCUGCUGUACUGCUUUAUAUAGCGCUAGCACUAGCAUUACCACACUACUUUGUUUAGCGCUAGCAUUACUGUACUGCUUUUACACAGCGCUAGCGCUAGCAUUACUGCACUGAUGUUGUACAGCGAUAGCGCUAACGUUACUGCACUGCUUCUGUAUGUCACAUAGGCAUCAGGUUAUAUUGCUAAUAGCCACCAGGUGGCGUUCCUCACGUUAUUGCUUUUAUAUACAAGGGUUACUUUUUUAUAACAUUUUAACCACCAACUAGCCAGAGUAUAUUUUGUGGGAGUUUCAGGACAGAUUAUGUAUAAUAAUGUAUGAUUGGGUUCUCAUAACCUCACAUCAUGUGUAAACAUUGUUUUUCUAAACUUAUUGCUUUGUAAUAUAGUCGUUUAUACCACACCUGUACGACUUGUCUCUCCCUCAUCAGCACCACACCUGUAUGACUUGUCUCUCCCUCAUCAGCACCACACCUGUACGACUUGUCUCUCCCUCAGUGGGCACACCUGUACGACCUGUCUC